CAUGCUAGUCAAUUAAUAUGGAUUAGAGGGAUUAUUAAAAGAUCUUGAUUUCCUUCGGUGGGUCACUUGUAAGAGUCACUGGGUCGCCGGCUCUGCCCACUCCUACCUCGCCGGCGACCGCCGCCAGCGGGUAGUGGGGGCGGAGGACCCAAGGCGGCGGUCAAGCCCGGUAGGUGUGCGGCGGAGGAGGAUGGCGGCGCUGGAACGGAUCGGCGUCGCGCGCGGGGGCAGUUCGUACUUGUACACAGGAGUCUUCGAGGUCACCUCGUCACCGACGACAUCGCCCUCGAGGUCACAAGGUCCUCUCCGUCCUCCACCAUUCCUUUGUUGGCAAGCAGUAGCCUCACUCUCUAGCCGUGUUUCCGGUGGACGCACACACGCACGCAAGCUGCUCGAACAAAUGGACACAAGAGAAAACAGAGGAGGAGCAGAGCAGCACACAGGUUAGUUCUCCAGGCAACGAACACCCACAGUUUUUUCGCUCAGUUCACAACGGAUGCAGACUUUCCUUUCUGUGUGAGUUACAUAAAUUUACGCCGAUGGAUGGGGAUUCAUCAUUUAGUCACAUAAUUGGCUUCCCCAUUCGCCCCAAGCUCCCAAAGCUGGAACUUCUUUCUGGUCAAACUUAAUUUGGACCUUAGUAGUGGGAUUCAUCAUUCACAUCCCAAAUACUAUUAUAGGAGCCAAGUACUCGUGGAAAAGCUGCACCCAGCUUCACAUUGCUGACCAGUGGCUUUGAAUUCCAAGCCCCAGAGUCCUUGUUAGUGUGCCACCAGAGCUAACAUAAACAUCAACACCAGAGCUAACUUGUUAGUGACCAAUGGAAUCCAUCAGGUGUUUUUAUAUAAGAGCACACAUCAACAUCGUACAUAUACAUUGCAGAAUUCCUAGAAUAUUUACAACCAGGAUUGCUAGUAACCAAAGCAUAGUGCAUAUUUUUCUUCAUUAUUAUGAACAAACUGCUCUGAUUAAUUAUAUGCAACUUCACUGUCCAGUUGCUUUAAUCAAAUCCCGAGCCUGCAAGCCCUGGUUGGUGUGCACUGCUACCUCAAAUCCCAAAACGGACAAGAGAGAAACUCCAUGAGCAUGGAUACAAGCCUGCAACCCCUCAUUGGUCUGCUCCCUCAACUUCACUCUCCGGCUGCUUUAAUUAAACAGCAACCAGCGACUUUUAUCUUGGCAGGCAACACCAAGAGUUUGAUUACAUAUAUGUCAUGUAUGUAUACCAUGGGGUAUCCUACACCAAGAAGAACACAUACUCAUGGCAAAAGCACCCAUGGACACGCUUCAACUAGCCUGCAUCCAGAUAGCCAUAGCCUUGCUCUUGCUUACUCAAGCCAAGAGCACCACAGAGGACACAUCUGCCCUGCAUCCAAACGCUACAAUCACCAGUUGUAUUGCUGGCGAGAGGUCUUCCCUUCUCGCCUUCAGGGCAGGUCUAUCAGACCCUACCAACCUCCUUCCAUCAUGGAAGGGUGAUGACUGCUGCCGAUGGAAGGGCGUCUACUGCAGCAACAGAACCCGCCAUGUUGUCAGGCUCGAUCUCCGAGGCCCAGAUUACAGAAAUGGCAAUCAGAGCAGGCAGGUACUAGCAGGCAACAUAAGCUCCUCGUUGCUUGGUUUACAUCAUCUUCGGUAUCUCGACCUCAGCCAGAACAGGUUCGACAAGAAACAAAUACCGGAGUUCAUCGGUUCUCUCCAUCAGCUGAGAUAUCUCGACCUAUCAUGGUCACAGUUCACUGGAAGGAUACCACCGCAUCUGGGUAAUCUCUCCAACUUACAGUACCUAAAUCUUGACACCAACUCAUACGUGAGUGUUGAUUCUUCUUUCCAUAGUGGCACAUAUUCCACCAAUAUCACCUGGUUGUCACGGUUAACUUCCCUUGAGCACCUGGAUAUGACUGGGGUGAACCUCAGUACAAUUGUUCACUGGCUUCCGGUGGUGAACAUGCUUUCAAUUCUGAAAGUUCUUCUUCUUUCCGAUUGCCAUCUUAGAAGUAGCCCUGGUUCUCUUCUGCUCUCAAACCUGACAUCUCUUGAAACACUUGACCUCUCCGAAAACAAGUUACAUAAGCAUGGCACACCCAACUGGUUUUGGGAUUUAACUAGCCUCAAGUAUCUAGACAUCUCGUUCAAUGCUUUCUAUGGCCCGUUUCCAGAUGAGAUAGGUAAUAUGACCUCCAUUGUGGAGCUUAAUUUAGGAGAAAAUAACCUUGUGGGCAUGAUACCAUCCAAUUUGAAGAACCUAUGUAAUUUGGAGAGACUAUAUUGUUACUCGAACAAUAUCGACGGGAGUAUAACAGAAUUAUUCAACCGAUUACCCAGUUGUUCAAAGAAUAAACUACAGAAGUUGUUUUUACCGUACAACAAUCUGACUGGAAGCCUGCCAACUACACUAGUAGAGCCCUUGAGAAACCUGAGCUGGCUGGAUCUUUCUGAGAACAAACUCACUGGUCAUGUCCCGGUGUGGAUAGGAGAGCUCAAACAGCUAACGAGGUUGGUGCUUAACUCUAAUAACCUGGAUGGGGUCAUGCAUGAAAGCCAUUUAUCACGUCUAGCUAUGUUGAAGGAGUUGACAUUGUCAGACAACUCCAUUGCCAUCACAGUGAGUCCAACUUGGGUUCCCCCUUCCAGUCUAACAAUGAUUCAACUUGGGUCAUGCCAUCUAGGGCCUAAAUUUCCAACAUGGCUUAGAUGGCAAAAGAACUUGCAGAAUCUUGAUAUAUCAAACACAAGCAUAAACGAUAUAAUACCGGAUUGGUUUUGGACAGCAGCUUCCUCAGUAGAGUCUCUGAAUAUCCGAAAUAAUCAGAUUACAGGAUUCCUACCAUCAACAAUGGAAUUUAUGAGAGCAGAAGAAAUGGAUUUCAGUUCUAACCAGCUUGGUGGUCCAAUACCUAAGCUUCCCAUCACUCUAACCGACCUGGAUCUCAGUCGGAACAAUCUAGUUGGGCCACUACCAUUAGACUUUGGAGCGCCAGGGCUUGAAACACUUAUUCUGUAUAACAACAUGAUCUCUGGGGCCAUUCCAUCUUCUUUGUGCAAAUUGCGAUCAUUGCAGUUAUUAGAUCUAUCAAGAAAUAACCUCAAUGGAUCAGUUUCCGAUUGCCUAGUCAAUGAGUCCAGCACAAACAUGACAGAUCUGAGCAUCGUUAAUCUAAGCUUCAGAAACAACAACCUCUCUGGUGAAUUUCCUUCACUUCUUCAGAAAUGUCCACGACUCAUCUUUCUUGAUCUCGGACAUAAUCAAUUCUCUGGGGCUUUACCGUCAUGGAUUGGGGAGAAGCUAUCAUCCCUGUCAUUCUUACGACUGAGAUCCAAUAUGUUUUGUGGUCACAUUCCAGUCGAGCUUACGAAGCUUGUUGAUCUUCAGUAUUUGGACCUUGCCUACAAUAAUAUAUCAGGGAGCAUACCGAGAUCUAUUAUUACUUGGACAGGCAUGACACAAACAAGCGACAACUUUUUUGAUCUUGAGCAUGCGUUAACUUCUGGAAGUGAGGAUGGUGAGAGUCAACCAGUUGGCUAUGCUGAGAAUUUCACGAUACUCACGAAAGGUCAAGAGAGAUUCUAUACAGGAGAAAUCAUAUAUAUGGUGAAUCUUGAUUUAUCCUGUAAUAGUCUUACCGGAGAGAUUCCUGAAGAAAUCAGCACUCUUAUGGAAUUGAAAAACCUGAACUUAUCAUGGAACAACUUCAAUGGAAAAAUCCCUGAGAAUGUUGGUGCCUUAAUGAAAGUGGAGUCACUCGACCUAUCACACAAUGAUUUGUCUGGUGAAAUCCCUUCAAGCUUAUCGGCUCUCACGUCAUUGAGUCGCCUGAACCUGUCCUACAACAAUCUGAGAGGAAAGAUACCAACUGGAAAUCAACUGCAAACACUCGAAGACCCAGCAUCUAUUUAUAUUGGCAACCCUGGCCUUUGUGGUCCUCCUCUCUCUGUAAAUUGUUCGUCACAGCCCGAGCCAAUUCCAGGAGAAAACCACGGAGAUGCAAGCGGCGACUUGGUUUCGUUUUUCCUCGCCAUGGGCUCUGGAUAUGUGAUGGGUCUCUGGGUGGUCUUCUGUACCUUCUUAUUCAAGAAGAGAUGGAGAGUUUCGUGGUACUCGCUCUGUGACAGCCUGUAUGAUUGGGUUUAUGUGCAAGUGGCUGUUACCUGGACUUCCUUCAGAGAUAAGGAGGAUGAAACUGGUGAUGGCAAGGAUGAUGAUAACAUGGCAGGUGAUGGAGCUGAUUCUGAUUUUGUUCUGGCCUGCAAGAUGUUCAAUUCUGCAAGACCAAUAGUUGAGAAGAACCCAGACAACACUAUGGAGAGAAAAUCUAAGUCUUUGCUCUAGCUGAGGUCUCCAUGUAAGAGGUGGUCUCCGUUUUGUUUGUUUUGUCCUGCAUGUAACCGUUGGAUCUUGGAUGGUUUUUACAGAUGGCAUAGACUGCUCGAUUGAUUACUGCUUCAAAGGUUCAGCUCUCUUGGAUUAUUCGAUUGAGCCUGAC